AUGACAAUCCUAACCUUCUCUUCCCCGUUUCUAUUUCUGCUCCCAAAUUCAUUUCUAAAACCCUAAACCCUAGUUCAGUCUAUUCCCUCAUUGCAUUCUCUCCUCCGUCGGCAACCACCCAUCUCCACCGGCGAUGGCGCUGUAUACUCUUCGUCUCCGGCGAUAUCUCCCUAUUUCCUCUUCCAUUUUCUCUCGAACAUUCCAUCAACCAAGUCUCAUUUCUCCAACUGCAUCACUCUCCCAAAGUCCGUCUACCCAAAGCAAUUUGUCUAAGCUUCACCGCUUCGAUUUUCCGUCCCAAUCGAGGCUAUUUAGGUCUUCUAUAAUUUCGCUGUCCUCGAGGUCUCGAUCAUUUGAUCGGAACCCAGCUGACGAUGAAAUAGGUCCCGAUACAAUCCUCUUCGAAGGAUGCGAUUAUGAGCACUGGCUAAUUGUAAUUGAUUUUCCUAAAGAUACUCAACUUACUAGGGAAGAGAUGAUUGAGACUUAUGUGCAGACUGCUGCUAAGGUCUUCGGGAGUGUGGAGGAGGCUAAGAAAAAGAUUUAUGCCUUAAGCACAACAACUUACCGGGGUUUUCAGGUCUUGUGUUCAGAGGAAACAUCGAAGAAGUUUGAAGGUCUCCCAGGAGUUGUGUUUGUACUGCCUGAUUCCUAUAUUGAUCCAGUAAACAAGGAAUAUGGAGGUGACAAGUAUAAUAAUGGGGAAAUCAUUGAGAGACCACCUCCUCCACAGUUUCAAAGACAUGGUAGCAAGCCUCGAAGAGGCCCACAGUAUCAACAGGGCAAUUAUCGCCCACCACAGAGUCCACCUCAGCAGAACUAUGGGCCAGCACAGGGUCAUCCACCACAGCAGAAUUAUGGUGCAGCACAGGGUCCUCCACCACAGCAGAAUUAUGGCGCUCCACAGGGUCCUCCACCACAGCAGAAUUAUGGCGCUCCACAGGGUCCUCCACCACAGCAGAAUUAUGGCGCUCCACAGGGCCCUCCACCCCAGCAGAACUAUGGCCCCCAAAGGUAUCCUCCACCCCAGCAGAACUAUGGCUCACAACAAUAUCCUCCGCCACCUCAACAGAACUACAGACCACCACAGAGCCCUCCUCCACAGCAGAAUUAUGAGCGGCCACAGAAUCCUCUGCCAAACCUGAGUUACGGUGCGCCUCAGAAUGUUCCUUCUCAAUGGAAUCAUGGCCGUCAGCAAAGUUUUUCACCUCAACAGAGCUAUGGGCCUCAAGGAGCUGGGGAUCAUAGGGGUCCUGAACCUCCUGGUAGCAGCCCAGGUGGAUGGGAUAAUUCCCAGGGUGAAAGACAAGAUUCAAGACAUCCACAUGAAGUUAAUUAUAAUCAUAGAGAGCAAGGAAAUUAUUUUCCUCAAAGAGACCAGAGAGGUGCACGUCCAGAGCAAGGAGGCUUCGGAGGAGUUCAACGUUAUGCCUCUCCACAAGGUGGAACUUAUGGACAACAAGCCUUUGGAGGUCAAAUGCAGGGAACUGACCCCACAUUUGGUCAGAACAAUCAAAGGCCAGGAGGAGAUCAGAAUUUCCCACAGAUGGAGCAGCGGGGCAACAUGCAAGGGGGAGAGCAGAGGACGUAUGCAUCUAGUGGUACAAUGGGAACGGACCAAGAGAGAUACUGAAAAUAUGGCGCAGUAUCAUGACAUGCUGAGAAAUGGUUGUCAGUUAGCUUUUGACUAGCUAAAGGUGAUGGUUAUUGUCUUAAUAAUUGAGAAAUGAUCAUAUGAUCACACCCUCAAGUCUCAACAAUUACCAAGAAACUUGGGCUGAAGAAUAUUGUUGCGGUAAAUAGUUUUCCUAUGUCUUUGUAUGGUUAUGGAAAUGGUGCUUUGUGAAUGAUAACAUGGAGAGACUUAGGUGUAAAACAAGCAUCCAGUAUCUGUUUCUUUAUGUGUAAGAAAGAAGGUUUUUAAUGCCUUAGCUACAUUUUGUUAUCUUUGCUAGAAAAGGUAAUAAAAAGACCAUUGGGCUAAGACGGGUUCAAACCAAAGAAAGGCCUUGAUUUUGGGCUAGAAAUGUUUUGCUGUUUUCUCUCCUCUUUUUGUUGUAUUGACAGCUUUUUAUUUUAUUUUUUACGAAUUGACAGAAUUCAGAAUUUCACAGUG